GUUACUGUUUUCUUUUUUCUCUUAUUGUGUGCGUCGGUCGUGAAAAGAUAUUGAUUCCGUGCAAUCUUUUUAAUUUAUUAAUAGAAAGCGCAAAAAUAAAAGCGUUAUUGUUUUCGGCAAAUAUAAUUAAAGUCGACUUGGGCAUAGAAACAAAUAUCCCAUUACAUUAAUUGCAAGUAUUGACUGCCAUGGCAUCUUUAGAACCAGCUCAAAAUAAAACCUGGGACUUGUCGUUGUAUGAAUUACAACGCAAGCCUCAGGAAAUAAUUACCGACAACACAGAGAUUGCUGUAUCGCCAAGAAGUUUGCACAGUGAGCUAAUGUGUCCCAUAUGUUUGGAUAUGCUAAAGAAGACAAUGACCACCAAGGAAUGUUUGCAUCGUUUUUGCCAGGACUGUAUUAUCACAGCUUUACGUUCGGGCAAUAAAGAGUGUCCAACGUGCCGUAAAAAGUUGGUGUCAAAACGUUCUUUGAGACCAGAUCCCAACUUUGAUUUACUCAUAUCGAAAAUCUAUCCCAGUCGUGAAGAAUAUGAGGCCAUACAGGAAAAGGUCAUGGCUAAAUUCAAUCAAACACAAUCGCAACAGGCAUUGGUAAAUUCCAUUAAUGAAGGCAUCAAAUUACAAAGUCAAAAUCGACCACAACGUUUCCGUACCAAGGGCAGUGGUGGUGGCAGGAACUCACAGGCAAAUGGCACAAAUCACAAUUCUUCACAUUCACACAAUGUUUCAAAUGAGAGCAAUACAAAUGGCAAUGAGAGUGAUAGCAAUCGGGAAAACUCCACAGGACCAGCUAAUGUUGCCGUACGGGCGGCAACUCCACCACCCCCGACACAUUCGACCACACCGACUGCAGUUACUGGUAAUAUUGUUGCAACAUCAUCUACAGGAAUAGCAAAUCAGGGUGCCAGCACAUCCACGACACGCAUAGAUGAUGGUGGUUCUAAUCCACCAUCGGUACGUUCUACGCCCUCACCAGUACCCUCAAACUCAAGUAGUUCAAAACCCAAACGAGCAAUGUCCGUCUUAACCUCGGAAAGAUCAGAAGAAUCUGAAUCCGAUUCACAAAUGGAUUGUCGCACAGAAGGUGAUUCCAACAUAGACACCGAAGGCGAAGGUAACGGGGAAUUGGGUAUAAACGAUGAAAUCGAAUUGGUUUUUAAGCCUCAUCCCACUGAAAUGGCUGCGGAUAAUCAAUUGAUGAAGGCAUUAAAGGAAAACUGUAUACGUUACAUUAAGACCACGGCAAAUGCUACUGUCGACCACUUGAGCAAAUAUUUGGCAUUGCGUAUGACCCUCGAUUUGGGGUCAGAAUUACCCGAGGCAUAUCGAAUGCUUAAUUUAUGCAUUUAUAUUGCACCCCAACCCUCACAAUUGGUUAUUCUAAAUGGAAAUCAGACCCUGCAUCAAGUCAAUGAGAAAUUCUGGAAAGUUAACAAGCCCAUGGAAAUGUUUUACUCUUGGAAGAAAUCUUAAAAAUGGCUGCCACCUUCUGGAUGACCCCUCCAGAAAAUGACAAACAGACAGUAGCAGUCCGACAAUUACUUUUGGCAAAUAUCCUGUAGCAAGUGUACAUUGCGAAGCAAAUUUGUAAAAA